ACUCCGUCCUGCGAGCCUUGGACCCAAAAAUCCACCUUUUUCACCUCGGAAACUCCAGCUUUCCUCGUCGUCAUUUCCUUCCAAUUUCAGUGGAGUUACUGGGUGCAAGGAGGGGAGGGGGAAGAGGUAUCAGCCAUGCCACUGGCACAGUACGCCGACCCCUGGCAAAAGAUGCCCAUGAAAGAAGAGGCCGAGGGUGGCGCUGGCAGCACGGAAGAUAUGCUAGUCGACGACAACGAAGAAAAACAGGACCAGGAGCAUAAUGUGACGGAAUAUGAGAUCAUCAGUGUUGCUGCAGAAGGUGUAGUUGGGAAGGAGAAAGCCAGCCCAAGUCAGUUUGAACUUCUGAAGGUGCUGGGACAAGGCUCCUUUGGCAAGGUGUUCCUGGUGAGAAAAAUCCACGGCCAUGAUGCAGGGACCCUGUACGCUAUGAAGGUGCUGAAGAAGGCCACCUUAAAAGUGAGGGACCGCAUGCGAACCAAGAUGGAGAGGGACAUCCUGGUGGAUGUGAAUCACCCCUUCAUUGUCAAACUGCACUAUGCAUUUCAGACGGAGGGUAAGCUGUACCUGAUUCUGGACUUCCUGAGGGGCGGAGACCUCUUCACAAGGCUCUCCAAGGAGGUGAUGUUUACUGAAGAAGAUGUGAAGUUCUACCUGGCAGAGUUAGCUCUGGCGCUGGACCAUCUUCAUUCCCUGGGUAUAAUCUACAGGGACCUCAAACCUGAGAACAUUCUGUUGGAUGCAGAUGGACAUAUCAAGCUGACAGAUUUUGGCCUGAGUAAGGAAGCUAUCGAGGACAAGAAAGCGUACUCCUUCUGUGGUACUGUGGAGUACAUGGCACCUGAGGUAGUGAACAGGAGGGGCCAUAAUCACACCGCCGACUGGUGGUCGUACGGAGUCCUUAUGUUUGAGAUGUUGACUGGUGCCUUACCAUUCCAAGGGCAGAACAGGAAGGACACAAUGACUAUGAUUCUCAAGGCCAAACUUGGUAUGCCCCAGUUCCUGAGUCCAGAAGCACAGAGUCUGCUCAGGAUGCUGUUCAAGAGGAACCCACAGAACAGAUUAGGUGCUGGCCCAGACGGUGUAGAGGAGAUCAAGAGGCAUAAUUUCUUUGCCAGCAUCGACUGGGAGAAACUGUUGAAGAAGCAAGUGCCGCCACCUUUCAAGCCGGCCGUGACUCGGGACGAGGACGCUUUCUACUUCGACACAGAAUUCACAUCCAGGACACCUCGAGAUUCGCCGGGAGUUCCCCCCAGUGCCACAGCCCAUGAGCUGUUCAGAGGCUUCAGCUUCGUCGCCCCCUGUCUGUUGGACGAGGUAACGCAGGGACAGGCUCAACAGCUCGACAAGGUCAAGGAGAUACAGCGCCGCCCGCUUGGGAAGACAACAGCCUUCACAGAUGAGUAUGAGAUUAAGGAGGAUAUCGGACUUGGUUCCUACUCCAUUUGCAAAAGAUGUCUCCACAAGAGUUCUGGUCAAGAGUAUGCAGUAAAGAUCAUCGACCGGACAAAGCGGGACCCAGCAGAGGAAAUCGAGAUCCUCCUUCGCUAUGGCAACCACCCAAACAUCAUCACCCUCAGAGAUGUGUACGAGGCAGGUAACCAGGUGUACCUGGUGACAGAGCUGAUGAAGGGAGGAGAGCUGCUGGACAAGAUCCUCAGACAAAAGUUUUUCUCGGAGCGGGAGGCGAGCGCUGCCCUGCAGACCAUCACCUCCGCCGUCGACUUCCUGCACAAGAAAGGGGUUGUCCAUCGUGACCUGAAACCCAGCAAUAUCCUGUACGCGGAUGACUCCGGGUCCCCUGAGUCGCUUCGGAUCUGUGACUUUGGGUUCGCCAAGCAGCUGAGGGCCGAGAACGGGCUGCUCAUGACUCCCUGCUACACAGCCAACUUCGUCGCUCCGGAGGUGCUGAAGAGGCAGGGUUACGACGCUGCUUGUGACAUCUGGAGCCUCGGGGUUCUUCUCUACACCAUGUUGUCUGGGAGGACACCGUUUGCCCACGGUCCCAACGACACGCCGUCUGACAUCCUGGGCAGGAUAGGGGAGGGCAGGUUUAGCUUGGAGGGGGGCAACUGGGACUCUGUGUCUCCCCUGGCAAAGGAAAUCGUGCGUCUGAUGCUCCACGUUGACCCACACAAGCGCCCGACGGCCUCCCAGGUCCUCAACCAUCGCUGGAUCUCACAGAGGGAAACCCUGUCCUCAGACCACCUCAAACUCUCACACCAAGACAUUCGACAAGUCAAGGGUGCCAUGGCUGCCACCUAUUCUGCCCUGAACACCUCCCCAAAGAUGACCCUGGAUCACAUAGGAGCCUCCAAACUGGCACAGAGAAGAGGCGUGAAAAAGCUGGGCUCCACCGCGCUAUAGGAACGUCAGCUCCACUUUCAUCACGGUUCUCCCGGUGUUGUGUGCAACACUUUUCAUUUUACAACAUAAAAGGGAAAUUUGCAAAAGCUAUUGUCAAACUGGGCUCCACUGUAGUAUAAGACCUUCAAUGCCAUUUUCAUUACAUAGUUAUAUACAUAAAUUUGCAAAGUCAAGUAAGGCUCUGUUAACGUUGCCCUAUACACUCACACAUGUACACACUCACUCACUGUCCGGUUUAUUGUGAGUUAUAUAGUUUAUCGUCAGUUUAUAGGACCGUUAACCCGGAUUUCAUCAUUAUGUUUCAUUGAAAUUUACAAGUGACUUCACAGUCAUUUUCAACUAGUGGAUUCUUCAAAAGCAUCUUCUUUCUUGAGGUACAUUCUGAACUUUAUGGUACCAUAAUAAUUUUUUUUGUAAGCAGGUGUCUAAUGCUUAUAAGACUGCUUUCUGCACCAAAACAUAUUUCGUGGUCCUCCAUCUUUGAUAAUUCAAAAAAGGAUCUACACAAUUUUGUAAAUAACAUGGCGACGCGAACAUACAAAAUGUACAUGUAGAUAUAUAAUCUGUGUGCCCUACAAGUGUCUGCUUACACACAGUGCACACUGUAGGUCUCAAUUGGGAAGGUUUAGUGUCUUGUCUCCAUAUAGCUGUAUAUUCCAUACACUUACAAAUGAUAAAAUACUGAAAGUGCAUUGCUUGUAUGCAUCCUCUUAGUGUGUUCAGAAAAGUUUUGUUUUUUUUACCAAAAAAUGGCAAAAACGUUUCCAAACUGUAACCCAUUAAUUCCCAAAAGCAAUCUUGUGUGAUAGCUAGAAAUAAUACUAGUACUCAAAUCAUUAGAUUUCGAAUCAGUUUUUCCCAUUGUUUUGUCAGCGUAACAAGCAAGUAUUAGAGGAAGUUAGAAAGCCAUGAAAAGCCUUUUCUUGAUAAAAAUGCUUUGCAAAUUGUGACAAAGAAUCAAAAGAAAAAAAGUUGUGAAAAACGUCCCAAAAUUCUAGUGCCAAACAAUUCACUACCAUUACAUUUUGGCAUCGGACAGAGGCAAUGAUUUUUUAAAAGUACCGGUAAUGCAUUUUCAGAACCUGAGUAUUGCAUACAAAAAGAGAAGAAUAACCGCACUGUGCUUUGUGAUAUUACAUAGUUAACUUUUUGGAGCACACACAUAUCUAAAUUGCUGAUUUCAUUGCUUCUUGGAAAGUUGCAUAUUGAGGUCUGGAUGGCGUUUGUUUCUAUUCACAGCUUGAUAGAAAAGAACUUGAAUGUGAUUAAAUGGUUUAAGAUAGUGCUAGUACUGCUAAUUCUCUUACAUAUCAGUAGCCAUAAGGUUGAGCAAGAGUAGGACAAUCUUACAAUAUGCUCUUUUUUCUUCCUUAACUGAAGUUUUUUUUUUACUGUACUGUUUUUCCUUUAUCAUUCAAGAAAUGUAAGCUGUGACUUGAUAGUUGAAAAAAAUGUAAAACAGUAAAAGGUACCUUAAAAGACAGCUAGUGUUUGAAGUACACUUAGUAACUGUAUGGUUACAGCCCCUAUUUCCGACAAUUCAUGAUAAAAAUAUGUUCCAGUAACCCUACCCUGUGUUGAAGAACGUAGGGGAUUUCAGAAUUAAGGCAGUCCCUUGGCUGAUAGCAGAAAGACGGGGAAGUUUUGAGUCUAACAUGCUAUCCAUUCGACUUACACAUGCAAUGAAGCUGAAACACAAACAAAGUAGAAUCAAAUUAAAAAAGUUAGCCUUCAGCACUUGAUGCACAGGUCCAUAUUAUCAGGGAAAUAAGCAUUUCUUGAUAUUUUAGAAAUCUGAAGUUGAAAAAGAUUUGGAUGUGCAAACUGGCAUUUUGAUAUACAUUUUACUGUUAACUGUUCAAAUUAGUUUAUGAAGCAGAAAAACUUCAGAAAAGUUCAUCUGAAUAUCGGAAGAAAUUGUCACCAUUGUGGCAUUUCAAAGAAUUACUAAUGACUAGUUGAAAUUGGCUUCUGUACAAGGGUAGUAUUUAGUGAUCUGACGUUCAUUUUUAUAUUUGUUCAACCUUUUUUUAGUUCCAGCUAUGUAGAGAGUCUAUUAAACGACUACUUCUUGUUAGAAUGAAAAAAAGUUUAAAAAACUGAAAUACACAAAUGGUGGCGGUGAUCAUAUCAUACUAGUCUUUCACAAAAUGGAGUCCAGAACGAGUUGAUAAACUUUAAUGGUAUGAUUUGUUUUAAAGAGUUACAUGUACGCUUUGUAUUUCCAUCUAUCAUAUACACUAUUGUUCAUCCCUUCAUCCCUUUCAUAGUUGAAAAUAUCAUCAGUUUCUCCACAUAGGAACAAGGAUUGACAAUCAUGGGACUUGAGGAAAGAGCACUUUUUGUUUCUCACACAUUUUUGGUGUCAUCUCGUUUCAUGUAGUUAGCCUGGGAGUGUCAUUAAGAAAUGCUUUGAAGGGGUGGGUGAUUGGUACAUUAUAUAUAUAUAGUUAAAUGUCAAUUGUAUACUAUUUCCAAGUUAAGAAAUAUGGAAUUAUUUUUUGCUACUGUGUUAGUGAGAGACGGUGUAUAUGUGAUUGUAUGUGCUAGCAUAUGGACAGGUUAGCGUUUACAUUUUGUAGGCCGGAAAUGUUGGUAUAAAACGAGUUGCUGCCUUUAUCAAAAUAUAGGGAAUCGAGAGUUGGGCCACUCCAAUGUAUGUCUGGUUCUCAGAUAUUUCUAACAAAAAAAAACUGAGCAGUGAAGAUGAAAAUGGGCUGGGAGAAAACUUGAAAAAUCUGACUAUACUAUGUUCCCUAAAACUGUAACAACACAAACUUUCACACUCAGUUUUUACCUUGAUCUUCUAGUUCAGAAUUUACUCUUUAAAGCUGAGAACCAACAAAUUUAAUUGGUUUGGCCACAGCAAGUAUAGGGAAUUGACAGCUAAGAUGCUCUACAACAGAUAUAUUAUGGUAUCUUGUAACAAAGGUAUUUCUAAAAAAAAGAUU